AUGCGGUGCCCGCUGCCGUGCGGGAUGCAGUGCCCGGUAUGAGGGGACUGGCGGGCAGGAUGCGGAGCUGUCCCCGCACUCGGCUCCCGGUCGGUGCCAGCGCAUUGUGCGUGUUCGUGCUGUGCUGGCUCUACGUCUUCCCGGUGUACCGGCUGCCGGAUGAGAAGGAGAUUGUGCAGGAGGUGGUGCUGCUCGGGUCCUCAUGGAAGAGAAACGCGACGGAGGCCGAGAUCUUCAGGAAACUGCUAAAUGACUGCUGUGACCCGGGGCAUCUCUUCUCUAUGACAAAAGUAAAUACGCCGCUAGGAGAGAAUCUAUGGUUUGAUGGCGAGUUCCUGUAUUCACUUCCUAUUGACAACACAACAUACAAUCUCUUUCCUCAGGAUACACCUUUCAAGCUCCCAUUGAAGAAAUGCUCCGUAGUGGGAAAUGGUGGGAUUCUGAAGAACAGUGGCUGUGGCAAACAAAUAGAUGAAGCUGACUUUGUCAUGCGAUGUAACCUGCCGCCUUUAUCUAGACAAUACACUAAGGAUGUUGGCUCAAAAACGCAGCUUGUCACAGCGAAUCCCUCUAUCAUCGACAAAAGAUUUCAGAAGCUUUUAUGGUCCAGAAAAGCCUUUGUGGAUAGUGUGAAAGUUUACAACUACAGCUACGUGUAUAUGCCAGCAUUCUCUGUGAAGGGGGGGACAGAGCCGUCACUGCGUGUCUAUUACACUCUUUCAGACUUCAGCACAAAUCAUACUGUGCUGUUUGCAAAUCCUAACUUUCUGCGCAACGUAGGCAAAUUCUGGAAAAAUAAGGGUGUCCACUCGAAGCGCCUCUCCACCGGCCUCUUCCUGGUUAGUGCAGCGCUAAGUCUGUGCGAGGAACUUACAAUAUAUGGAUUUUGGCCCUUUCAAAUAGACCUAACUGGUAAAUUCAUCACUCACCAUUAUUAUGACAAUAUCUUGCCGCUAAGCGGAUACCACGCCAUGCCAGAGGAAUUUCUGCAGCUUUGGUUUCUUCACAAAAGUGGAGUCUUAAAAAUGCAACUGGAACAGUGCCCAGAGCAUAGUGUGCACCAAACGUCUCUCUAGACUUGAGGGUAUCAUAUUAACAAGCUACCAUGGUUGUCGGUCAUUUUCUGAUUUGCAAAAUAAAGAAUAUUCCUAAGAAAACAAGAGGAAUAAAUCACAUGCUAUUUUUCAGUUUGAGAUACAUUUAACCACUUGCUCAUAUGCAUUGUGGCCCCUGCAUGGUAGCCAAGUGGUAUGAGAUUUUGGGUUCUUCAUGCGAUGAACUGGACAUAAAUUUAAUAACCGUGCCAAAAGUUACUUGUGAUGUCUUCCUGAUUUUGUUUUGCGUUGGCACAUGUACAGAUUUUUUGUGAACAUUUUUGUAGUUUUCAUUUGCAAUUUAGAUUCUCCAGAAUUGAAUGUAGUAUCUUUUUUAUAGCAAGAAACUAUUUUACUUUUAGUGGAGAGUUGCAUACUUUUAUUAUUUCUGUUUGGACAAACUAAAGUGACAUUCAAAAUCAUUUUUUUCAUGUACAGAAAAGUGAGAGAGAUACCCAGCUUUGGAAACCUUUUUUUAUAAAAACUUGUUUGUCUUGUGA